CUCACGGGUUCUACCACCGAAUUAGUACACUUCUAUCCCUUUUGACAAUCCUUUUGAGAGGGAUUUGUUGAACAGAAAAUUGUUGCCAUUCUAGAUUCUCAUUUGGAGGCGAGCAGGACACACGGCUGUUUACUUUGCCUGUAUUAAUGGGAGUUGGUCAGGUUUAGGCAACGCCAGCAGGCAUUUAAUAACUGGAGCCGCGCAAGCGCAGCACUUUCGUCCCGCCCACGACUGCAAUUGCGGAUUGGUGGGCUGGAUCACGUGAUCGAGCCUCGCCUCUUUCCGGAGGCUGGGGGCCAGUCUGUAGGCUUGUUUCCGGUUCGGUAGGUCCACGAUGACGGAGCCGGGCGCCUCUCCCGAAGACCCUUGGGUCAAGGCAAGCUCCGCGGACGCGCACGCCGGCGAGGGGAGGGCGGGUCGGGCUCGUGCACGUAGGGGUUCCGGAAGACGCGGGGCUCCCCAACUAUCCCCAGAUUCUCCCUUGCUGUCCGGGCCCCGGGGCUGCAGAGAAGACAGCUCUCACCCGGCGUGUGCCAAGGUCGAGUAUGCGUACAGUGACAACAGCCUGGACCCUGGGCUUUUUGUAGAGAGCACCCACAAGGGGAGUGUAGUGUCCAGAGCUAAUAGCAUCGGCUCCACCAGUGCCUCCUCCGUCCCCAACACAGAUGAUGAGGACAGUGAUUAUCAGCAGCAGUCCUACAAGGAGUCCUACAAAGACCGGAGGCGGCGUGCACACACUCAAGCUGAACAGAAAAGGAGGGAUGCCAUCAAGAGAGGCUAUGAUGAUCUUCAGACCAUCGUCCCUACCUGCCAGCAGCAGGACUUCUCCAUUGGCUCCCAAAAACUCAGCAAAGCCAUUGUUCUACAGAAGACCAUCGACUACAUCCAGUUUUUACACAAGGAGAAGAAAAAGCAGGAGGAGGAGGUAUCUACACUGCGCAAAGAUGUCACAGCCCUGAAGAUAAUGAAAGUGAACUAUGAGCAAAUUGUGAAGGCACAUCAGGACAACCCUCAUGAGGGAGAGGACCAGGUCUCUGACCAGGUCAAGUUCAACGUGUUUCAAGGCAUCAUGGACUCCCUGUUCCAGUCUUUCAAUGCCUCUAUCUCUGUGGCCAGCUUCCAGGAGCUGUCAGCUUGUGUCUUCAGCUGGAUUGAGGAACACUGUGAGCCACAGACUCUACGAGAAAUUGUGAUUGGCGUCCUACAUCAGCUGAAAACCCAACUCUACUGACGGCUCCCGGAAACCUGCAGGGCAGAGGCCUUCAGUCUGUCUGGCCAUGGAACUGCUGGGCCUACAAGACUGGACUGCAACACCUCACACCGGUCAGCUGGUUUCUACUUGGUGUUUGGUUUGCCCGACCCCACUUCAGCUUCAGUGAGGCUGAGUUCUGUGGAAGCUUCUCAUUAAUUUAUUAUAUUGCCCACAAUGUUGACCCACCCCACAUUCCCCUUCCUUGGAAAAAGUCUUUAGGACAAGAGUCUGUUCAGGGAACCUCACAGAACCCCUGGACCUUCAGCCCUUUCUCUGAACAUAGGGUUUAUGCUCACAAUCUACAUAUAUAAUUUGGAAAUUGUUUGCCUCUGCUUGAUCUCUUGGGCAACACUUGGCUCAAGUUUGGGUAUUUUGGCAGUUUUUGACUUGGAAAAAAAGGAAAAGAAAUAGCCCCAUGGCCAGGAAGGGUAAAAGGCCACUUUGUUUCUAUGCUAGGGCUGUGUGGUCAGUACUAAGUAAGGCCAGGGCUUUCUAGCCAGCUCAGGGUAAGGCUGCCAGGUUCCUGCUGUCCCCUCAUAUUCAACCAUACUAUGUUUGGUAGAGGAAGCAAUGUCCUGUCAGUUCCUGCCCUGUCUCUUCCCAAAGGCAGGUGCCUCACAGAAUUACAUAUUUGUUCUCUAAAUAUCAACAGUAUAUUUUUGUUAUAUGUAGUUUCCCAAAGUUCUAUCUGGACCUCCAAAGCACCCCAGCUUUUCCUGUGUAAUGUAUCUAUCUGUAUACCUCCCAUACUUCUAGGACUUGGGAGUAGAUACAGAAGGUGCUCAGGUCAUUUGGGGUAGGCCUGGGUAGGACUUGGGAUUCUCAAAUGUUAGUGUGUGACCACAUUUCUGUACUUCUCUCCCCCGUGUUCCCUGUUGCCUUCCCCAGGUUUGAUAUCUGGGAGGUUUGAUAAUCCAGAGGAAAUUAAGUAUUUUUAUAACAAAUUAUAUUACAAUAAAUAUUCCAGAUACUUUCCUUGAA